AUGACAAAUGGCCUGUACCGCGUCGUAAUCCCGGCUGAGCGCGCGGCACCCGCGACUGAGAGCGCACCUGUUGAGGGGGAGCGUGUCGUCAGCGCUGAUGAGUGGCAUCGCGCGAUGGGGCAUGUCUCGCAUGAAGUCGCUCGCGAGAUGCUGCGCAAGGAGCGCGUCCUGGGUGUGCGACUCGAUCCGCGUGCGUCUGUCCCAUCCACCUGCGAAUCUUGCGAGGCCGGGAAGAUGACCCGGAAGCCGAUUGCGAAGACACGCGUGCGACCGUGCGCUGCGGAGGUUGGCGACGAGCUUCACUCGGACGUCUGGGGGCCUGCACCGAAACAGACCAUAGGCGGAUGUCAAUAUGACUCACUUUUCAUCGAC